CUAGUUUAUUUAAGAUAAGAAACAGGUUUGAACUUCUGUUUCCAAUUCGCCACCGAAAAUGAAGUGCCUGCCUUGCAUUUUGCUGCUCGUGGUUGCCUGUCACUUAAAAAUAGAAUAUGCUGCGUCCCAAAACUGUGAAGCAUCUUCAGUCGGGACAAACUUCAUAUUCGACCUCAUAAGUUUUGCAGACAGGGUCACAGCAAAUAACAUUCGCCUUCACAUUACACCAGUAUUACAAGUACCAGCACAUGUCCGCGUCACGGCACCGUUUAUAAACAUGGACAGUACAUACACCGUUUCAAACUAUACCGUUAUUCCGCUAAAUGGGACAUUGAUACAAUUUGAAUAUGGAAAGCAAUUUAAAGGGAUCGAAGUUAGUUCAGAUGUGAAUAUUUCUUUGGCCGUAUUUACAGCUGAUAAUGAUGAUUUAACGGAAGGAUUUCUGGCGUUACCUAUCAGUGCCCUUGGUACUCGUUAUACAGCUGCCUCUUACAUUCCACUUAGCACAUUCAGCAGUGAGAUACUCGUAGUGGGUGUGGAGAAUGAUACAGAUGUCACCCUGUCAACAGUGAAUGGAUGGAAAGAGGAACAUUAA